AUGUCCAAGGGUUUUAUCGACAAACUUCGUAUCUUUGUCAGAGCUGGUAGUGGGGCUGCAGGUAGUCCACCAAUUAAAGGCCGGGGAGGAAAUGGUGGGAGUGUAUUUCUAGAAGCCGAUGAAAAUCAAACACUCCAAAAUCUGUUUAUGGCUAACCCGACGAAACGUUUCAUGGCUGGACAUGGAACAGAGGCAAGUAAACGUCGUGGUUUAGUUGCUGGUCUAGAUGGUGAAGACUUGACUAUUCGUGUUCCUGCUGGAAUAACUGUAUUGUUUGGAGGUCAAGGGACAUCAUCAUCUAGUGGAUCAGAACAACGAAUACUUGGAAAUUUGGAUCAAGUCGGUCAAAAAUUACUUGUAGCACAAGGUGGUAUUGGUGGUUUUCACCAGAAUGGGUAUAUUGGCUCACCGGGUCAAGCUCACAGUAUCGUCUUAGACUUAAAGCUUAUGGCUGAUUUCAGUUUGAUUGGAUUUCCUAACGCUGGUAAAUCCAGUUUAUUAAAAGCUUUAUCUGGUGCACCUGCAAAAAUUGCCAGUUAUCCUUUCACUACGAUCAAACCACAAGUUGCCAAAUGCAUAUACUCAGAUCAUCGUAAGAUAAGUAUAGCAGAUUUACCAGGUCUUGCUGAUAUUUAUGCUCAUUAUGAUACACAAAUAAAUCAAAAUAAUAAUGAUCAAUCUAAUUCAAAUGUAUCUUUACCAAGUUUAAAACAUACAAACUUUUUAAAACAUGUUGAACGUAGUUCAUGCAUACUUCUUGUAUUAGAUUCACUUGGUUUUUGUAAAGAUCAAUUUAGUUCUAAACGUAAUGCAUUAGCUGUUGCUUAUUUAGUUUUAAAUCAGAUGGAACGAUGGUCUAAUGGUUUACUUCUUGAAAAACCAAUGGCUUGUAUUUUGAAUAAAAUUGAUACUACCGGUGCAAUGGAUGAAGCUUUAGAAACAAAAUAUUGGCUUGAACGUAUGGAUUCAUCUGAAGCAAAACAACAUUCACAACUUCCUCCAAAGUUGUUACCUAGUCUGACACCGAAAUUUGAAUCGAUCGAACUGGUCUCUGCUUUGCGUCACACAAAUAUUCCAGAAUUGAAAGAGUCAUUGCGCAACUGGCUUGAUCAAAUUGAAUUAAGAAAGCGUAAAGACAACACAACUGUACAAAUAAAAUCACAACAAACGAAAGAAAAAAGAUUCUUAAGUGACAUCCAACCAACUUACUACUAA